AUGGAGUGGUCUGACAUGGUUCUUGUGGUUCCUGGUCGUGUCAUUAGAUACCGGCUUGCACGGCGGGAAUGGGUGGUGGAUCGUUUCUAUUUCGGGGACAGAUGCUGCAGCCUGGGCAAGGCAUGGGAGUCAUGUCAAGGGUCGGGUUUAAUUGUUUUCCCCUCCUGUCAUAUCUCGUUUAGCUCUACGGUCCCAAGAUUAGUGUAUAUACCGUCAAAACACUCUCAUUUAGCCAUGAUAUUUUGGAAACAUCAGCUUCGGCAUAUUGGUAUCAGUAGGGAUACUUAUUUAUGA